CUCACAUCUCAAAACAAUACCGACUCUCUCUGCUGUCGAAAUGACGGACAACGCCAAAAAUGGUGCAAAGGUACCGCCGAAGAAGCGCUCUUUCUUCAAGAAGGCGGCUUGGCAGACUUCAGCGAAGGCUGAAGAUGACCAGGAGGAAGAUAUAUUCAGCCACUCCAACUCGUACAAAGAUAUCGUUGCCGAGCAAGCGAAAGCUAAGAAAGAUGAGAAGAAGAGGAGAGAGGAGGAGAGGCAACGCACAGAUGAAAUCCGCCAAGGCAAGAAGCGCAAGGUUAGUGCAGAGUCCAGCAAGACGAAGCUACCUACCAGCGGUUCUGGGGACUCCCCUCAAGCAAUGCUCAAAGCCAGGUCUCCUCAUUCUCCUCUCCCUCUACAGCCCACCCCAGACUCCCUCUCUGCGCGUGACAAGCCUGUGACACAGCCAUCUGGCGUCUUCGCUGUCAACAGGACCGAAAUAGUAGAUCUGGGCCCUCCGUCCGGAUCAGAGACCUCGGAAGAAACCCCCAAACCUUCCACCUCCCAGUCGACAGCCUUAGACGACGAGGUCGAGGAAGUCGAAGACCCGCUCCUUGCUGAACUGGCGGCCAAGGCCCGCGCUAACCAUGGUGCUUCCCCGAUUGAAGAGGUGAACCCGAUUGUGCAACUCUUGAUAACAUCUGUCAUACCUGAAACUAAGCCACUUCUCAUCAACAUCCGGAUAAGCAGCAAGGUAGAGAGACCGCGGGUGGCGUUUUGCCAAGCUUACGGCAUCUCUGGCGACAGAGCCAGCGAUAUCUUCUUAACGUGGAAAAGGAAAAGGCUCUUUGAUAGCACAAAGAUAGCGCGAUUAGGCGUUAGCGUUGAUCCGAUGGGCCUUGUUUCUGUGGAAGGAGAUUCAACUAUCUCAGAUGGGGAGGCAGAGGUGGUGAAAAUUCACCUCGAAGCUUGGACUGAUGAGCUUUUCAAGGAAAUGCAGGAAGAGGAGGCGAAAGAGGCUGCGAGCCGGCGGCGAAUUAUAGCGCCGAGUCCGGUGGAUUAUGAAGCGCAAAUUCCAGAGGAGACGCAGCCUCGAGUCAAGAAGACUCGACUGAUUCUUAAGGCCAAGGGCCUGGCGGAUUUCAAAAUUUCUGUCAAUCCCGAUACAACAUUCGAGCAUCUGACCUCGGCGUACAAGGAGGCCCUCAAAAUCCCCGUAGGCCAGAACGUCACCCUCAUGUUUGAUGGCGAGAGGCUUCCAGUUUUCGACACCAUCGUUGACGCCGAGAUCGAAGACAUGGAUACGAUUGAGGUUCACCUCAAAUAG